AUAGAACUAAGCGAGGAUUGGUCGAGAGCGCGUAGGAAGAGGACGAGGCAAGCAGAGCCGUUCGUGUAUCGUCCAAGUGAUGCGGUUUUCUCCAGUGUCGGGUAGUGUGUCUCUCGCUUACUUCAUACCCCCCUCCGUAUUUCUUUGGCGCGUCGAGUGUGCACAGUGUGCGUUGAUGUGAAGGUGGUCCGGGCUUCUUCUUCCCGAUGACUAAGGAGUGCAUUUAGUGCAAGGACUGAGAAUACCUGGGAGCGUUUGAGAAGUACAUCCCCCGAGACCCCCCCAACCAAAAUCACACGCCUAACCUCUCCCCUGUCCUUAUCCUCUUCCGUACCCUUUCCCUCCGCAAACUUCGAGAAGAAGACGUCUCAUCACAAGAGUAGCAGCCGUGAACAACAACACACCAUGGACAAUAUGGAUAAUAAGCCUGCCCUCAAUGAUGACCCUUCAGUCACCUUGACCAUUCGCCUGAUCAUGCAGGGCAAGGAGGUAGGAAGUAUUAUUGGAAAAAAGGGAGAAAUCGUCAAGAGGUUCCGCGAGGAGUCCGGUGCAAAGAUCAACAUAUCCGACGGAUCAUGUCCCGAACGAAUAGUGACCGUAACCGGGCCAACGAAUUCAAUAUUCAAGGCGUUUACAUUAAUAUGCAAGAAAUUUGAGGAAUGGUGCUCCCAGUUCCAUGAUAUCCAGGGUGGUGGAGCCGGUGGUGGCGGUGGCGUACCAAGGCCACCUAUUACACUGAGACUGAUCGUACCAGCUUCUCAAUGCGGUUCUCUCAUCGGUAAAGGUGGCUCGAAGAUCAAGGAAAUUCGUGAGGUGACAGGGGCCUCGAUUCAGGUCGCCUCUGAAAUGUUGCCGAAUUCGACUGAACGGGCGGUCACCAUAUCAGGCACGAGCGAAGCUAUAACGCAGUGCAUAUAUCACAUCUGCUGUGUUAUGCUAGAGUCCCCUCCCAAAGGUGCCACGAUCCCUUAUCGCCCCAAACCCCAAGUUGGUGGGCCACUGAUCCUGGCUGGUGGGCAAGCCUACACCAUCCAGGGUAAUUACGCGGUGCCCGCCCACUCGGACGUAAGUACAGUAUUGCCAUUGCCCGCGCCCGCUGCCGGGCCCACCCCGCCCUCGCUGAAUACCCAAACUUUGACUACCUCGCCCUUCGCGGCCCACCCCUCCUCCUCGGCCUUUGCCGCUUCUCACGGGCAUCCGCUCCUAUCAACCGCCCACCUUACCAGCCCACAUCAUCCUCUACACCCGAGCCCCUUACACGCCAGCGUGGCAGGCCUCGCCGACCCCCUGCUGAAGAGUGGACACUUGCAGGCAGCCCUCCCGCCCGCACACCUCGUGGCAGACGCCAUGGGCAAACUUGGCAGCAACCCUUUGGCUGGUUUAGCAGCUUUGGGCCUUGGUAGUCUUGCCACUCCUGCUAACACUGGUGGAAUCAAUCCAGCAGCAUUGGCAGCAUUAGCGGGUAGCCAAUUACGCACGAACAACACGAACAGGCAACAGCCAGCGGCAAACAAUCAGACGCACGAAAUGACGGUGCCGAACGAGUUGAUUGGUUGUAUCAUCGGGAAGGGUGGUACCAAGAUCGCUGAGAUACGUCAGAUAUCUGGUGCCAUGAUAAGAAUAAGCAACUGCGAGGAAAGAGAGGGCGGUGCCACGGAUCGUACGAUCACCAUUACGGGAAAUCCGGAUGCCGUUGCGUUGGCACAAUAUCUCAUCAAUAUGAGGUGAGUCGUAAUACUAAUUUAAAGGCACAAACACGUGC